CCACCACUGGUCCGCGCCUUCGCGCAAGGUGACACGUUGCAGCGCGCUCUGACGCUCCGACCUCCCUUCCCACCCCCUUCUUGUUCGGCAUCACAGGAUAUCUACAGAGGCUCAAUUUGCGGGCACAUGCAUCGGCGUGUUCAUGAUUGUGGUGCUGAUCGAGUCUGUGCGAAGAUGGGGAAGAGAGUGGGACAGGUACAUCAUUCGGACCGCCAUGGCUCGACGCAGAACUUUGCAGCAGGAGCGUCUUGGAGCACGCAGCUUCAACGCAGCGACUGUCCCAGCUGCUCGCCACGAUCAGCCCGUCGCUUCUUGCUGCGCUGAUGACGUUGCAGAGACGCAAAGCGGUGGGCAUCACGGUGCACCUUCAGGAGCUCAGAGCAGUGCGGAAGCAAGUCCGAUGCAAAAGGAUGCAUUGGCGCUGGAAGAAGAGGGAGGAGCACCCAUCGUCUUGACGCACAGCGGUAAUGCGGCGGUAGCAGGAGCAGCGCGCGACCGUCUCCACCAUGAAAAGCCUCCAGCGGGGGCUGCAUACCUUGCCAAGCUCGAAAGGGCCUUUUUUGGCUUGCCAAAGGGGUCUGCAGGCGAACGAGCUUUGAGGUCCAAUUGUCCUUCCUGCUUGAGACCAACGGUGCUGCAACAAUUCAUUCGCAGCUUAGUGUAUGCGGUACAAUUCACCGGUGCAUACAUCGUCAUGCUCAUCGCAAUGUCCUUCAACGGCUACAUUCUCAUUUCCAUCGUUCUAGGAGGCCUAGUGGGUCACUUUUUCAGCACGUGGGACACUCUCUGCUUCGAGCUUGAAGAGCAAGAAGAUCCCUAUCUGCUCACGACCGGCGGGGGAGCAGGAGCAACAGGCCUUGGUUCCAACGCCGUGGCUCCCGCCACUCUGCAGCACGAUGCCGGCGAGAAGACGACGCAGAGUAGAGGUCAGGGUCACGAUACGUAUGGUCAGCACAGCGGAGCCUGCUGCGGCUGAGGGACCCAGAAGGUCACCUUUCCUCGUUGGUUUCCUGUCUCCUCUCUUGAAUUGGUCCUGGUCUGACUCACGCACUCAAGUCACCCACCUGACUGUCGGCUGUCUUUCUUACCCUCACGAACCUUGCAAACAUUGCAAAUGUUUGACAGCACGAUAGAACUGUACUAGAAUGGAAGUAGGGGUACAUGUAUGCGAUGGAAUGGCAAGAAUACAGAUGUGC